AUGCUAUAUUUUUUAAAAAAAGUUUUGGAAAAAAUAAUAAAAAAUAUAAUGAUAAAAACAUAUACAUGGAAUAGAGAUUCACAUGGGUUAUUUGAUUAUGAAUGUAAAAGUGUUAUAAAAAGUUAAAUAAAAGUUAUAGAAUCAGCUCAAAUAGACAUUAGAAAUAACCAUUAUGUUGUAGAUUCAUAAUAUAUAUUUGGAGUAAAUAAUUAAGAUCCAAAGAAAUAGGAAGAAGAUGAGGGAUUAGGAGAUUAAAGUUUAUGGACUGUAGUAAAAUCAUUGAAAAAUAUAAAUGGAGGUAAAGGCUAUGAAAUAAAAGUAGGUGAUUAUGUAAAAUUAGGUCGAAUUCGUUUUAGAGUUAAAGAAUUAUAAGGAUUAAAUUGCGUAAAAUAGAAUAUAAAUAACUUUCAUUUUAAUCCAUGUGCAGACAUUCUUGAAAUUGACUAAAUAAUGGAGAAAAUGGAAAAUUAAGAUGAACCUGGAGUCUGUAGAAUUUGCUUAGGAGAUAAUGAAGAAUUAGAAAAUCCUUUAAUAACUCCUUGUAGAUGUGAUGGUACAAUGGGAUUUAUUCAUAUAAAAUGUUUAUAAUAGUGGCUAUAAAGCAGAAUUCAUCCAAAAAUAACAAGUUAUUCAGUAUCUUUUGUUUAUAAAACAUUUGAUUGUGAAUUAUGUAAAUAACCAUUUCCAAAUAUGGUAAAAGUGAAGAAUAUAAUAUAUGACACUGUGGAAAUUCCUAAACCAAAUGCUCCUUAUAUUACUUUAGAAAUAUUAAGUAAAGACAAAAAUAUUUGCAAAGGAAUUCAUGUGAUUUCUUUAGAUUAAAGGUAAAAUAUUAAAUUAGGAAGAGGAAACGAUUCUGAUAUCCGUAUAAGUGAUAUUUCUGUUAGUAGACGACAUGCUUAACUUAGUUAUAACAAUGGAUCUUUUUAUUUAGAAGAUAAUAAUAGUAAAUUUGGGACAUUAGUUUUGGUAAAAGAACCUAUUGUUUUAGAUAAUAAUAAUAGCAAUAUUGCUAUUUAAGUUGGGAGAUCUGUUAUUUCUUUUAUUUUAAAAAAAAAUUGGAAAAUUUACUAAAUUGUCAUUUCAAUAAAGUAAUGUUAUUGA